UUAUCUGGGAUCAUUCGGCUGGAGGCAGCUCCUGGGAGAAGCAGCAGAGCAGAAGGCUAGAGAGUGUGAGGGAGGAAAAGGGAGAGAGCAGAUAGAGAGAGAAAGGGAAGAUUGUUAUUUUAACAACUUUCAAAGAGUUUUGCUGUGCGCUGAAGAGGGGAUGAACUUUGCAGUAGGCUACAAACCGAUGCUGGGGGACUCGAACACGAUGGAUAACCUGGAGAAGCAGCUCAUCUGCCCCAUCUGCUUGGAGAUGUUCACCAAGCCCGUGGUGAUCCUGCCCUGCCAACACAAUCUCUGCAGGAAGUGUGCCAACGACGUCUUCCAGGCUUCUAACCCGCUGUGGCAGUCGCGAGGCUCCACAACUGCGUCCUCGGGGGGGCGUUUCCGUUGCCCUUCCUGCCGACAUGAAGUGAUCCUGGACCGGCAUGGUGUCUACGGACUGCAGAGGAACCUCCUUGUGGAAAACAUCAUCGAUAUCUACAAACAGGAGUCCUCCAGGCCCAUCCACACCAAGUUGGAGCAGCAGCUGAUGUGUGAGGAACAUGAGGAAGAGAAGAUUAACAUCUACUGCCUGACCUGCGAGACGCCCACCUGCUCCAUGUGCAAGGUGUUCGGAGCUCAUAAGGACUGUGAAGUGGCUCCUCUACAGAACGUUUAUCAACAGCAAAAGACUGAACUGAGUGAUGGCAUUGCUGUGCUGGUGGCGGGAAAUGACCGAAUCCAGGCUAUGAUCUCCCAACUGGAGGGAAUUUGUAAAACUAUUGAGGACAAUGGGCAGCGGCAGAAGCAGCACCUGUGUGAGAAGUUUGACGCUCUCUACAGCGUGCUGGAGGAGAGGAAGAAGGAGCUCCUGCUGUGUAUUACCCGGGAGCAGGAUGAGAAGCUGGGCCAUGUCAGGGCUCUGAGCCGGCAGUACGGGGACUAUCUGGAGGGAGCAUCCAAGCUGGUGGAGACAUGCAUCCAGUCCAUGGAGGAGCAGCAGAUGGCCGCUUUCCUACAGCAUGCUAAGGAAUUGAUUAAAAAGAUGACAGACACUGCCAAAGCAUCGAACAUGGAGAGGACUGAGCCAGGGUACGAGAACAUGGAUCAUUUCAUAAUCAACACUGAAGAUGUUAGCGGCAUGCUGAGAACCAUAGACUUCCAACAAGUGUCCCAGGGAGGUGACAAUGAACCGGUAUAUGAGGCUGAGGAAGAAGAAGAAGUGGCCCAGCAAAGCACCAAUGGUUAGCAAACCCAGGUCCAGUGAAGAAUGAAGAGAAGAGAUUGUUUGCUUUAUAGCCCCAGUUGCAACCUAUCAUUAGCAUAGACAAUGCAAGUCUGCAGUUGGUUUUGCCCACCCAUAAUUAUGACACUGUUACAGUUCUAUAUGUGGUCUGUGACAUGGACAAUUCACAGUGAUGUCAACAACUGUACAAACUAAUAACAUGUUAGAGAUGAUGGGUGAUAUUCUGUACAUGCAAUUGGAUUUUAUGAAUUGAAUACAGUAUGUUGUCAAAGGCAUUAUGAUGUUUUAGGUUAGAAAGCCAAAGCAGUGUAACUUUACAGAAGCUGCUCUUUCACACACAUAUUUCCCAGGCAUACCAGGUAAUAAUUUCACACUCGUAUCUCUUAGUUUGACCUAUUCCAGUGUUAAUAUGACCUGUGUUGUGUGCUGUGUCUAGUUAAGCUCACUCUAUAAGUUUAAAUAGCUCAAACUGCUGUGCUGUUUUAUACUUACCAGCAGAGCAGGUACAAUCUCUUCUAGACAUGUCUGCAGAGGGGCAGCUGAAGGAAAUACCUGUAAAGGAAUAGCAUCAUUUGCUGGAGUGAGAUAGUAACUGUUGGGUUAUCAUUCUCUAUCCCAAAUAAGUAUAAAAAGUUACCCAUGAUUGGUUUAUUAUUUCACCAAUAACAGUAAACUCUCAUCCGUUUCUUUCCAAUAUCCACUCAUUCUGAAUCUUUACUGUCAUUAGUGGUUGUUAAUGGACACAGACAACCAGCGUGGUUAAGAUUGUGUACGAAAAUAGUUUAAGUCCCGUUCAGUUGAAUUGACAAUAUGUAAUAUGAGGGAGUUGGCCAAAGUGGUAUUGGUGAAACCCAUAUUCAAAAGUCUGCUGGUGAGAACUGCAGACUAAAGAAUACGGUAGUGAAACUCCCAGAAAGAGAGAACCUGCCACAUGCUGGUGGUGGUGGUGGUGGGGCAGGUGUUGCUUGAAACAGACAGUAAGUGCUGGUAGGUUUAGUAGGUAAAGAUUCAGAAUGGUUGGAUAUUGGAAAGAAACGGAUAAGAAACAAAAAAGUUAAUUGAACAGGUUGAAGAGUUUGAAAAAAAAAAGCUGUGGUUGUCUCUGUCUCCUAAAACACUGCCCAGCUUUAGAAGUUCUUGUUAUUUAUUCAUGUUACCUUCCCUUUUUGUGGUUUAUAUCACUUGCUGUUAUUUAUAAUGAUGCACACGUGCUUAUUUAAACAAGGUGAUCUGCAGUAUGCUCUUGAGUUUAGAAGCCACUGAUUCACAUGUUUGAUGUUAACCAUCCAAAAAAUACUGAUGAUUUCCAUGUACAACAUUUAUUUCUGAAUACACUGUAAUUGUACAUAUCUUUAAAAUAGUAAAACAAAAUAAUCGUUAUAAAUAAAAACUGAAAAAAA